AUGUCUGACUGGAUGCCCAUCCUCGCGAGGACUGAACGAUCUGCGCCUUCGUCUCUCAAGCAACGACACUGGCUACUCCGUCUGCUGGGUGUGGUCGACAGUGGUUGUCUCUCUUGUUCAGUCGCAAGCUUGGAGUUCGCCACAAAAUCUGCGUUUGGAAGCUCUCGCGUCAAAAUCGCAUACGCGCGCUUGUUGACGCUUGGCCGAACAACAACCUCCUCCACCACCACCAUCACCACCACCCCCAUCACUAAGGUUGAAAUCCUAGCAAGAAAACGCACUCUCUUUCUCUUCUUUACACAAGCAUCUCCGCUGUACGGAUAUGUGUAUAGAAUUGAGGGUGGCUUCAAAGCCAUUUUUUCGUGGUUAAGAAGCAUGGCUACUAUAACGUCUCUGGGCCUGCACAAACCUUCAGCUUUCGGAUACCUGGUUGCAGAGUCAAUACUGCCUGCGGAUGCGCCUGAGGAUACUUAUACCUGGCGAUGCUAUAAUUCAGAAAAUGAAAAUGGCGGGAUAAUAGAGGAAGAGCUUCUCUACACGGACAAGUGUGUUGUAUGGUCGCGCGGCGGGAUUGUUAAGAGGUCCUUCAAUUUUGAAGUGGAAGGGGAGAGCAUCGUGGAAGCUCUUUUUACCUAUUUUCCGGCGGGCAAGUCGAACGCUGCAAAGCAGGCUAGGACCGGGGCCGGCCUAGAAAAUAGCGCAGCGGCCCAGGCCGGUGACCAGGGACAUACGGCUGCUUCUGUCACAAGCAAGCAAAGCCGUCUAAACGGAAAGAUACGCAAAAAGGUGGUUAUCCAGGACCAAACGGAUUCUAGCAGUGUGCCGGGACUGGGGACCAUUGAAAAUGAAAAUAUUACUGAAUCUUCUAGAGCACUUGUCGUAGUGCUAAAGUCCCAAGUUCACAUAUUCUUCAUUUCGGGUGACAGCCAUGUCGUUCCACUGCCGUUUGAGCUUGACUCGAUAUGGCCUACCCCAAACGGACUACUAUUCCAACGGAAACUGCCUGAGAAACAUGAAGCGCCAGUUCCACCAGCUCCUCCGAACUCCUUUGUUUCUUCCCAACCUAGGCAUCCCACGUCGAGACACUCUGCUGCAUCGUUCAGGCUCUCUGGUGGAACAGGAAACCGGUCCCUACUAGCGAUUUCUCCGUCUCAGCCUUCAAAAUUCCUUCUCAAGACUGAAAAGGAUGACUCCGCACCCCGAGUAUUCUCUCUCCUUGACCCUCAUUCAGAAAUGGGACUCGUGGCAGUCACUUCCUCUCCUCAUGAUGAUGAUGAACUACACAAACGAACUGACAUCUUAAGCCAAACUGAGGAGCUUCUUUACGUAUCCCCUACUAGUGAAAUACCCUCGGGGGUGCUCACAAAAGGCGCCUCUCCUCUGAUAUUACUAGUUACAUUAAAUCCGAAGUCAGGGUUGCACAAUAUAUGGGUUGCAAAAUAUAGGCCCAGGGAAUCCCCUAUAUCUUCCUAUAAUCAGCGGAGAAAGUUGUCAAAUACUCGCUCAAAACGACGAAGCUCCCACUUUGAUAUUACUACCGGUACGUCGACACCCGUCGGCCCAGGGCCAUCGAGUUUUAGGGAAAGCUUUGGUGGGCCAGGCCACGGGCGAAAUGCGUCUCAGCAACUCAAUCUUGAAGGUAAACAGGAGGGAGCUACAGAUCUUGCUUCACACCUUGGACAGGAGUUUGAAGAUGUCGGUGUGACAUCUAAAGCGUCAAGAAGAGUUAGCUCUCUACUUGCCCGUAGUGACCUAAUGGCAAACAAUGAUAGGUCAACAUUCUCUGAUCUUGCCGGGAGCCAACUAAAAUCCUCCUUCCACGGCGGGUCCCGAAGGGGGGAGUCAUUUGGAGGUACAGGCCUUCGCCUUAGUCAGAGCUUUAACCGAAGAGGUUCUCUUCCCCCAGGAACUGCGUCUGUCUAUAGCAAUGGCAGCAGUUUUUUGGACGCGCCUGUUGAUAAACUCCUGGAAAGUUUAAAUAACGGAGGUGAUUUCGACGGGUUUGAAAGCAUGGGAAUCAAGGAAACUGUGUCCAAUCUCCCUCGUGAAGUUAUCCUUUCGAAGAUAGCGAGUGUGCCUUCAGGAAUUAUAUCAACCAACGCGCUCCCAUACAGCCAGAAAACCUGUCCAUUUGAAGUUUUUACUCUGGCUUCUUCUGAUGAAUCUACAUUAAAGGAUCCCGAAUCAAUACCCCUGGCAGUCUGCAUCCUCAAUCGAAACUCAAAAGACUUGAUUGUUGUAACCCUAAGUGCUCAGAAUUUGGGUUCUCAAGCUCGUCAGUAUGAAAAUGGGGAUAAUGAUAUCUCAACAUACAAAGUUCGUGCACUAAAUGUUCGUCACGGUUCAAAUGUUCUAGACUGCUGCAAAUUGGUCGACAGGGGCGUUUCUCGAAUGCUUGUACUUUCCUCUACCAGUGAUGGUAGAGGUGAACUAACGCUCCAAGCCCCAUGGAGCACGCUGGUGAGGGUGGAACUCCCAGAUAGUCUAGUUCUAUAUGAGCCGUCCAAUAUAUCCAUGGAGUUAACUCCGUCAAAUCUCCGUGAAGAAGGACUUGGACGGGUGCUCUGCAAGACGCCCCUAAAUAUGCGUCGUCUCACCCAAUCAACUGCCGGCGGAAAGGUAGAUAUCACCGAUGAACAGAAUAGAAAGCACAGAAUACAGAUCCAGCUUCAGCCGUUUAACUCUCUUGUGAGAAGAAUUCUCUCUCUUUGUCGAUAUGUUUUACGGCAUGCCGAAAGGGCUGGGGAUGGAGUCCAUAUCGGGUGGUGGCAAGCUCUCAGGUGGCUUCGUUCAAGGGAUGUGAGGGAAGAAAACCUGGAGUGGACCGCUUUGGUGGUCAUCCUUUUCUCAAUGGCAGUUUAUUUCAUCGACGAUAUUACUACGGAGCCUAAAGUUCUGCCGAAGAAGAAAAAGAGAGGGGCCCUAGUGCGAUCCAGCACUGGAAGCUCAAUCGACUUGACAGAUUGGCACAGUAUGAUUGACCAGGAAUUAGGUUCAGCUGGUAUCUGCGCAUCAUGGAUGUCAACCACAGCCUGGGACUGGAUACGAGAAGAACAUACUAAAAAUUCAGCGGAGAGAACCCAAAGUCACCGGACAAUUGACGACCACAAAGCAGAAACCCAGCCAAAUGACAAGAAUACAUAUAUCACCCGGUGCGCACAGCUUGCCCGGGAUUUUCUCUCAUCACCGCAGGGUGAGGCUGCUACUGGUGGAGAUGGUUAUCUUCCCAUUGCUAUUUCGCGAGACCAAGGUACACGAAGGACGGCCCUUGGUACCAUCCUAGUUGGAAUGCACCUCCUUCGUGAGGAGCUUAAACUAUCAGUUGCCAACACCGACAACUCCCGUUCUGAAAAGGGGCUUUUACUUCCUGUGCUUGCUCAGAUAGGAGGAUGGUUAGGCUGGGAUUCCUGGACGUGGAAAGAGGGUAGCUACUACGGCACAGAGAUUGCCAGUAUUGACGCGUGGACGUUCGAAGAUACUCGCAUCACCGGGCUGGACCUGCCCCCGGAGCCCUUUACACCUCCGUCUAUCUUCAGCUUCGUUGAGAAUACUCUUCAGCGUACCCCUUCUUCCUUCCUAACGCUAAUGGACGUCGUAUCUAGCUCGACUAUCGCGCCUGGAAGUGGCAAGAUAUGGGACCAAGCAGUGAAUUUAACUCCUAGAUCUUUGGCCCUUACUGGGUUCCUUUCCGAAGUUAGAAAUAAGCAAUCUGCUCCUGAACGAGUGGCCCUAUUACUUCGCUGGGGAAUCACAUCUUCUUUGAUUGAUACUCUUCCAGACGGCAUCAGCACCCCCCUCCACGAAGCCAUUUUCAACUGCCAGGGAGAUCCCCCGCUUUCCUGGGGCUCCUCACUACUCGAGCUUGUGGAUAGAGAGGACUUGUUUCUUUCUACAUCUAGCGAGACUCCACAACUCCCAGCUUCUCGCUCCCAGUUCAUCCAGCCUCAUGAUGCCCAUAGAGAUGUCCGCAGUAUCGGAAAUUCAGUUCUUGACAGUAGCUCGACCAAUUCGUUUGAGAUUUCUGCAGAAGCUGACCGUCACUGGAUCACUAAACUGAUAUUUCGUGAUGAUAGACGCUAUUUUGAGGCUGCAAGGAUUCUUAAUCAGAUGAAAGCUCCAACUGCAGAAUGCACACCCGAGCCCGACUGGUCUGAGUCUGAUCUUUUGGAAGCACAAAAAGAGCUCGUCCAGCUAGUGACCCUGAGGACGUUGUCCAUUCCUGCAGGACGAGCUAUGCUUUGUUUCGACGGGCGUGUACCCCUGCUCACAGAAAAGUUACCAAUCCCAUCUUUCUCACUGCAAUGUGUUAUGAAGCCAUCAAAUGUUACAAUCAGCGCCGAUAGAUCAGCUUUUGUGGAAGAAAAGGCAUGCUGGGCGUUUUUCCAUAACGGAGUUUCCACUGGGUUGGCAAUCUCGAAAUCCGCCAAGGGGAUUGACACCUCAUGGAUACUCUAUAAUAAACCAAAUGAGCUCACUAACCGACAUGCUGGGUUUUUAUUGGCUUUGGGGCUAAAUGGACAUUUGAAAACCCUUGCUAAAUGGGUAGCUUUCAAGUACUUGACCCCUAAGCAUACCAUGACCUCUAUUGGCCUACUUUUGGGAUUAUCCGUAUCCUAUCUAGGAACAAUGGAUACCCUGAUCACUCGUCUACUCUCUGUCCAUGUUACACGAAUGCUACCACCAGGCGCAGCUGAGCUCAAUCUAUCGCCCUUGACACAGACUACUGGUAUAAUGGGUAUAGGGCUACUCUACUGCAAUUCCCAACAUCGCCGCAUGAGCGAAGUGAUGCUUUCCGAAAUCGAACACAUGGAAGAAGAAGAGACUUCGGUUUCCCAGGAGCCUUUGCGAUAUGAAGGGUACCGACUUGCUGCUGGGUUUGCACUAGGAUUUGUUAACUUAGGAAAGGGAAGCGAUCUUCAAGGUCUCCAGGAUAUGCGAAUCGUGGAGAGAUUGCUUGCAUUGGCAGUGGGUACGAAGGAGGUUAAUUUAGUCCAUAUUCUCGACAAAGCAGCAGCAGGAGCCACAGUUGCGAUUGCAAUAAUUUUCAUGAAGACGAAUGAUAAAGCUUUGGCCCAGAAGAUUGAUAUACCGGAUACCGAAGUCCAAUUCGACUACGUUCGCCCUGAUAUCUUCCUUCUUCGAACACUGGCAAGACAUCUUAUCAUGUGGGAUUCCAUCAAUGCGAGCCAGAAAUGGAUACAAAAGAGCUUACCCUCAUUUUACCGGCACAAGUACCGUUUGUCUGCCAUAAAACGACUUACCACCGACGAUAUGCCUUACUUCAAUAUUGUCGCUGGGCUCUGCUUUGCUUUGGGUCUUCGAUUUGCAGGGUCGGGGUCCAUAGAAGCACGAGACCUUCUUGUUGCACAUCUUGACCAAUUCAUAAGGAUUUGCCGAAUAUCGGCAUUGAAUUAUGACGCCAAAUUAACACAGAACUCCGUACGAAAUUGUCAAGAUAUCGUUGCACUCUCGGCUGCGGCAGUUAUGGCUGGGUCCGGUGAUCUAGUGACACUCCGCCGGCUACGCUCUUUGCAUGGACGCGUUGAUGGUGAUACUCACUACGGCAGCCAUAUGGCAACUCAUAUGGCGCUGGGUAUGCUCUUCCUGGGUGGAGGGACCUACACCCUUGGUACCUCUAAUAUCGCUGUUGCCUCCCUUCUCUGCUCGUUAUACCCAAUUUUCCCGACCAGUGUCCUCGACAACAACUGCCACCUCCAGGCAUUCCGUCAUCUAUGGGUCUUGGCUGCUGAACCUCGAUGUUUGAUACCCAGGGAUAUUGAUACGCGCCGGCCCGUCACGAUUCCAGUGUCAUUGACGCUUAGUACGGGGGAGGUGAAAACAGCUACCGCCCCGUGCCUUCUACCUGAGCUGGACGAGGUGUCUUCAAUAAAGAUCGCCAGUGCUGAUCACUGGACCAUCACGCUGGACUUUACCAGCAAUGAGAGCUUAAGGAAUAAGUUCCGGGAUGGCGACCAGUCAAUCUACUUGCGAAGGCGAGCCAACCAUCAUGAUUCAGAGCGAUCAGUUUUCUCUACCACGAUUGCUGGGCUUAGCGAUGCCCAGGACAUUCCGCCACCAGCAGCCAUUCCAAGAAACACGCGCCCUUUCUACGCAAUGCCUCCUGCAAGUCUACAUGCCUCGUUGCAGCCUAGUGAGAAGGGCCCCGGCGAAGCUCGCAUGCCACCACGUCACAUCUGGGAUUUCAUAUUCGAUCUCCCGGCAUUUUCGUCGCUGGAUAUGUCUGAGCGAAUGGCUGUACUGCCGCAGAUUCCAUUCCAUGAAUCUCUGAAGUUACUCUCCUGCGGAAAGAAGCGAAACAGGACUAGUCCACCAUCCUGGCUGCGGCCUACCGCUGUCGAUACAAGGCUUGUUCUCAACCGGACUAUGCGUAACCUCAUCUCUGCAGCAGCCUGCCACGGAGUGAGUGAAGAGGUGGUUCGAGAUCGGCUCUGGCAGCUACGGCUGCUCUUCGCAUGGAUCGACGGUGCAAAGUAUAGCAGCAAUGACGACGGUGCUGGACAUGACAAGGAUGGCAUUUCCAUCUCGAUGAGUAGAUGGCUCAAGCAAGAAGUCAUUGAAGACGCCCGGUGGAAGAUCUGGAGGAUACAGUCCGGGGACACCAGCGUGAUAGAUCUAGAUUAG